AUGGUAGGGCUGCUUUUCCUGGAUCCAUCAGCCCUCACACCCAGCAUCAAGUUCCUGGAGCUGGGGAAGACGUCACUUAUUGCCCUUCUGAGCCUGAUAAGCAAGAACCUGUGCAUGGGUUUUGAAAGGAAGGUGACCGUCACCUUCUGUGAUCUGGGUAUUUUCUUGCAUACACCUCCACUAGCCUGUAAAGCAGUUCUCCUGCUCACUGCUAUGACCAGUCCACUGGAAGAUGCAAUGGACACCUUGAUCAGGAUUUUCCAUCACUACUCUGGCAAAGAAGGAGACAGAUACAAGCUCAGUAAAGGAGAACUCAAGGAGCUUCUCACCAGUGAGCUCACUGACUUCCUUUCAGGCCACAAGGACCCCCUCCUGAUUGAUAAAAUUAUGAACGACCUGGACUCCAAUAAGGACAAUGAAGUGGAUUUUAAUGAAUUUGUCAUUCUGGUUGCUGCUUUGACUGUGGCAUGUAAUGAUUUCUUUGAAGAACAGCUAAAGAAAGAGAGAUUUUAA